AUGAAUCUGUCACUGCGCACAGGAGUGCUGAAAAGCCUGGCCUGGGGCUCGGUGCUGCUGUGCUGGGCCGGUUGGGUCAUCGCCCUGUCCGGCCUAUCCGCCCUGCAGAACGACUGCGGCGGGGCAAACCUGCCAGUGAGAUGGGGCAACAUUGGAGAGCUGGGGCCCAUGCGCUGCGACAAGCUCUUUGCCUACCAGUGGUGGAAGAUCUGGUACGAGUGGGGCGUGCUUCUUGCAACCUGCCUGGCACUCGCCAUGGGUCGCGUGCAUGAUUUCCGCGUGGCGCUGGCCGUGCUUCUGGGCAUCGCGACAGUGCUGCUCAUGGACGCGACCAACACCUUCUACUUUGCGUGGUACCGGCUGGCCCACGGCACGGAGAUGGUGCGGGGUAAGGUGUACUUCAGCGGAACGCUCAUCACCUCCAUCUUCAACCUCCUGCUCAUCAUCUGCCUGGGCACCCACGAUGACACCAUCGACAGCCGCCACGAUGAAGCCUACGGCAACGGCAAGCACAACUUGCAUGGCGGCCACCGGGCCGGCGAGCCGCACGGGGCCGGCGCCGGCGCUGAGGAUCCGGCUAUCGCGACGGCAGUUUGA